CACAUGUCGUGACACCGGAGCGCGGGAGUGGAGGAUCGGCAGUGGAAAGAGGCAAUGAGCGACAGGAGCGCUAUGGAGAGAUAAUCAACAAGCAGGAACAAGUAUCAACAAGUAAUCCAUACAAGUCUUCCAAGGUUCAGACCUUGUUAGUUGCAAGCAGCAAGCGGAAGAGCUGGAAAAAUUUGUUGCCGGGACGUUAGCGAAUCUCCCUGAUUCUUCAACGCCUGCCUGGAGGGAGGAUAGACAUAUCCGUUCUCAAACAUCGACAUUCAGACGCUGAACGUGCCAGGUGGAUGUCACGGUCGCUCGGGCUGAAUUGAGACAGUUGGAACACUUCAAAAGAAAAGACCAAAAUUUCUGAUAACGAGGACGAGGAGCCUCCGUCUGCGGACGCCUUUUUGAUCUCAGAAGAAUCAGAGAUGCACGGCAGCUCGAAGAAAAAGCACAUUCCAGCAAACGGCCCCAUGCGGUGUACAGGGCGGGGCGGUGUGAUUCUCGUCGUGCUUCUCGCGUUCCCUACCUUGGUGUUCGUCGCUUUCAUGCAGAGCCCGUAUGAGGAAGAUCGCAAGCCGAGCCCGAGUCCGCAAGGAGGGAUCGCGCUCUCUAAGAUCCAGAAGUACAACGAGGAGUCGCAGAAGCUCACCCUCCCUCACAAGCCCUACCAGAUCGCUCGUCAGUCCUUCACGGAGAAGGCAGCUGACGCCGUAGCUGGGCUCGUCACAGGGAAGCCGCACUCGAUCUACGACUUCAAGGCGAGAUCGAUCGAUGGGGAAGAGGUCUCCUUGUCCAAGUACUCGGGGAAGGUUGUGAUCAUAGUGAACCUGGCCUCCAACUGCGGGUACACGGAUGUGAACUACCGCGAGCUCCAGACACUCUACAGCAAGUAUCAGAAGCAAGGUCUGACGGUCUUGGGCUUCCCUUGCAAUCAGUUCGGGGGGCAGGAGCCAGGAUCUGACGAGGAGAUUAAGAAGUUUGCUGAGAGCAAGUACCAUGUGUCGUUCCCUCUCUUCUCCAAGGUCGAGGUCAACGGGAAGUACGCCCACCCGCUGUUCUCCUACCUCAAGGACACUUUCGGCAUGAAGAGCAUUCCAUGGAACUUUCAGAAGUUUGUGGUGGACCGGAAUGGACAGCCUGUGCUGCAGUAUCCGUCUCAGAUUGAUCCCAUGGCGAUGGAGGGAGAGAUUCUCAAACUAAUAGGAUGAAAGCAGAUUUUCACUUCGAUCAGUUCGAUAUACACUGUCUUUGUUCGACUUCAACGGGAUUGACAAUCAAAAGAAUUAGAAAAGUAAAAAACAUCAGCAGGAGAGAGUUGUUGCGCGCCUUCUCUGGCCAUCACAAUCGAAACCCGUAGCUGGGGAAGCCCAGUCGCUUCGCGAGGGACCUGGAUUUCUCUUUGAGGACGAAGUGAUUCGUUUCUGACUGCUUCGCUCGUUUGAGUGUGUCUUUCAAUCCAUGCACGAUCCCGAGCAAUGACAGCUUGGGCAACGACUUCAAGCUCUCUUCCUCUUGCCUCUUCAGUUCCAGGCACGUGUGGUCCACCUCCUCCAGCGCGUCUGUCCACCUCUUCCUCCUCAGCUGCUUGACCAGCAGCUUCUCGUUGGCCUCCUGAGUCUUGGCGAUCUGAUCUUGCAGCUUCCUCUGCUCCCUCUCCUUCCUCAGCAGGAGCUUCUGGAUGUUCUGCCGCCUGAACUCUUCUUGCUGCAUCAGAAUCUUUCGGAUACCCGUCCGAGGUCUGACGGCAGCGAUCCUGUGCUUCUGAGACCAGGGGGAGAGGAUGGCGCGUGCCUGG